AUGGAUUUCGACCUCGAAGAACUGGUCAAUGUUGAGCAAACGUUCUAUGAUUCUGGGUACGCGGACGGCCGCACGCAUGGGCGGAUACACGGUCUAAUUGAAGGCCGGGCGCUUGGGCGCGAGAAGGGCUUUGAGAUCGGCGAGGAGCUUGGCUUCUAUGAGGGCGCCGCAAGAAUAUGGGAGUCUGUCUACAUUGGACAGGGUAAAGAGGGACACCGCGCAGUAACCCACGCUCGUGCUCUUCUGACGCUUCUAUCUACGUUCCCGUCCACAAACCCGCAUGAAGAAGAUGGCAUUGAUAUCUCCGCGCUCCUCCGUCAAGUCCGAUCUCGGUACAAGGCACUGUGUGCCUCUGUUGGCGUACGCCCGAGUUUGCGCGCAGGCGAACUCGUUGAUGGAGAGGAGAAUAUUGAGGGAAAUGGCGGGCAGGGUGAUGCGAAGAAGCGGAGCGUGUGGAAAGUGGAUGCUACACCUGGAGCGGAGACAGGGCUGAGUUUCUGA